AUGGAAACUUGGAAUGUAAUAAUCAUAAUAUUUGUAUCGUUUUUCACUUUCUUCACAGUUUUAGCUUGUCUUUGCUGUCGUUAUUGUUGGGUAGGAUUUGCUGGUGGUAGUUUCGGUGGCGGUCAUCAUCAUCAUCAUCAUCAUGGUGCAGCUGCAGGCGUAGGCAUAGGCUUUGGUGGCACCAAUUUUAGUGGAGCUGGAGGAGGAGGGGGUUGUGGCGGCAGCGGCGCUGGUGGCGGAGGAGGAGGAGGAGGAGGAGGAGGAGCAAUUUUGUUUAGUCUCCAAAGAUUUACUCAUCAGGGAGGUUAUGGUGGUAAAUAUAACGGAGAUGGCGGAGGUGGAGGCGCCGAAGAUGUAGCCAUAGACAUAAACGAUGGUGGAGAUGGUGGAGAUGGAGGAGGUGGGGGCGGUGGAGAAGGCGGUUUUGAUGGGGGUGGAGACAGCGGUUGUGAUGGUGGUGGUGGAGGUUUUGAUGGGGGUGGCGGCGGUUUUGGUGGUGGCGGUGGCGGCGGCUGUGAUGGUGGUGGCGGUGGUGGAGGAGGAGGAGGAGGCGGUGGCGUCAAUAUUUGA